GACAGUUAUGUUUAUCACAACUAUAAGCUGUUUAAAAAUGGUUGUUCGACGAAAACUUGAGCUCACUGUGUUGGUGAUUGUGAGCAUCCUGGCAUCUGCUGUCAGUGUCAAGUUCUGCUGGUAUGGAGAGGACAACAAAAUGAACAUGACUUGCUCAACUGGGGACCUACAUCCAGCAAACAUGAUGUCCAGGGCAGCUGAGAAUGAUGCCUCUGACUCCACAGAAAAUGAGCCAGGUCAUUUGGAGCCUGAAAGGGACUACCAGUGUAUGGUAUUUCUAUACAAUGAAACUUACAAGUGGAAAGACGGUGUUGACAUUGUUCCCCAUGUGAACUUUACCUGUGAUUUACAUCGAUAUUGCCAUGGCUUGCAAGGCGAAGGUGGAGUGAAGUUCAGAGUGGAUGGACAUGAGGGACUGCUGUACUGCUGCAACUCAACAGACAACUGUAACACUCCCGCUGUGCUCACCAGACAGAAGUGUUACACAGGCUCAGGAGGAUCACAUCAUGAAUAUGAGGUGACAGACUGUGCGAGUACUGAGUUGUAUUGCAGCACUGUUACAUCAAACAAUAUUGUUCACACUGGAUGUGACGUGAAUAAUGUGUGUACACAUCUCAACAAAGAUGGAGCUUUGAGUCUAUGCCACUUCUCUGAGGACACAGAGGAGGAGACCUGCUGCUGUCAAGGGCCGUUGUGUAACAAUCCAGGCCCCUCACUGGGGCCGGCUAUGGUGAAGCGCACACAGAGCUCCCUACAGAAAACCCUGUUAAUUGUAAUAGGAGUCACACUUGGGGUUCUGCUCAUGGGAGUGGCAGUGUACAUGUAUAGACGCUUCAGACCUGGGUCAUUGUCAACGGAGAGUCCCUCGAAGGUUCAGUACCAUAGCACCCAGUACAGCACAGUUGCAGGGGAAGUGGAUGAUGAUAAGGUGCACAUAAUACAGCAUGAUGGGGCCGCUACAGACCGCAGUAGAAAUAAGCAAGCUGGAAUGGAGAUGUUGUGAUUAAAGGUCCCAAACCAUGCAACAAUUGACUGUUGAUAAUUUGCAAUUAUAGUAUUCUACCGAUGGUAGAAACUUUACAAUCAUAGUUAUAUUAGAUUGCUUAGGUGGUAUCAGCUUGUACAGCACCAUAAUGCUGCUACAGAGUUGAGUAAAAAAGAAACAGCCUAGCAUGGAGAUGUUGUGAUUCAUGAACAAUUUACAACAAUUGACUGUGUAUACUUUGCAAUAUUAGUAGAAACUUUACAAUCGUAGUUAAAUUAGAUUUCUUUAGUGGUAUCAGAUGAUACACUGUACAGCAUAAUACUGUUGUUAAAGACAGCAGUACAAUGAAGCAACCUGACAUGGAGAUAUUGUCAUGAAUGGUCCCAGCUGUUUGCAUUAAUUGACUAUAGAUACUUUGUACUUUGCAAUCAUGCAAAUAGUAGAGACUUUUGACAAUCAUUUUUGCAUCAGAUUGCUCAAGUGGUAUUUAUGCAUGUUUAUUUUUAUGUGAAGGUAGUCUUUUUUUUAUAUAAAACAAGGUGCCAUUUAUUUAUUGUCAUUAAAAUGCCAAUUUUGCUUGACAUGAAAAGGUAUUUCAGGAUAUUAGCAGUUUAUAUCAGCAUGCCAUCGUCAGUGUGUAAUUUACGCUUUUCUGAGCUGAGGUAACUCACUAUGUACUGAACUUAUUUGGUCAGUGUUUGUCCAUCAUCAACUAUAGCCAACAAUCUUCCCUAAGAUUGCUAUGUAGGAAUUAAAUACACAUAGGGAAAAGUUCCUUUUGUGUGUCUCUAAAACAACUUACUUUCUUCUUUUUUUUGCUUCAUCAAAUGUUUCAAGUUAUAUAUUUUUUGUUAAUUGUCAAGGUCCCAAAAGGGUUUACUUACUUUAGUUUUAAUUGAAAACUUGAAAGCGUUCAAAUGAUAAUUGUGUAGGAUUAGUUAAUCGGGUGCGCAUAAUUUUCCUUUUAUGUUUUUUUUAAUCAAAACACACAAUACAAUAGGUAUUCGAGAAGGAUUGAAAUUGAAUUCUUAUUUAGUUUUUCUGCUAAAUAUAAUAACGAUAUUAAAUGCUUCUACUGGUAUUUACUUAGUUGCAUAUGCCUGUAUCCAUGUUUAUGUAUUAUUUUUACUAUGUAUAGUUUACAUCCCAUUUAAUUCCUACAUAGCAAUCUUAGGGAAGAUUGUUGGCUAUAUAUAAACUGUGAAAAAGCAUAAAAUAAAAUGAAAAUUUGUUGGAUUCGGUGGAAUAUCGAUUUUUAUUCACUCGUGAUCAUAGAAAAUAUAUAUUUUCACUCGUGGCUGCGCCACUCGUGAAAAUAUUAUUUUCUAUGAUCACUCGUGAAUUAAAAUCGAUAAUCCACCGAAUCCAACAAAUAUCCUCUAUAUAUUUUUAAUUAAUUUCAUUCUAUUCAUUAAAUUAUGUUUUGUGCACUUGAUUCCAUUACAUAUUUAUGAAAUAUAUUUGUAUAUGUUACAGUUUCUUAAUAACUUUUUUAAUAGUUUGUUGUUGUAAAUGACUGUUUUUGAUUGGAGAAUAUAAACAUUAAAUUCUGAAAGGUUAUCGCUUUUUAAUCACACAUGUUGCGAAAAUAUUAAAGUUUCCACCAGUAUAAAAAAUGUGUUAUAUUGCAUGGAUAAAAAAAUGAUUUUCUACUGAAAUCAGCAAAUUAUGUUGUUUAUAUGUGAGAGGCUAACUGGAGAAUUUUGCUUGAAUAAGGAUGUAUUUAUGUCAUUUUACUAAUAUUUGGAGUCCAAAAUCAUGGACAAUCUUAUCUGCAUUGUAUAACGCCCAGAAUUAAGUAUUAGAAAUUAUAGUGAAACAUUAUUCAUGUCUUAAACUUUUUUUCUUACUGUUAACAAUGUAAAAUCACUGUAAUAGUCCUUCCUAUAAAGCCCCCAAAAGAAUAAAAUAAAUAUUUCAUAAUAAAUGAUUUGUAAUCAUUUUAAUGUAUUGUUAAUAUAAUUAUAUAGUUUCCAAUUUUUGUGCGUUUAUUUACUUGUGCAUAGAGUAUGUUGGUAUGUAAUUUUUCGUUGUGGCCAUAUUUAUAUGGCUAAUAAAUUUAUUUAAUUUGGUUCUUCAAAAAAUUCUUAUUUAAAAUUGUUUAAAUGAUGAAAGAAGUUUGUUGGAAUUAUUCAGACUAAAGCAUGUGCACUUUAUUUCGAGUAUUAUUGGGCUUAGUGCAUGUGUGUAACGUAUUGUCCAAGAUUAGCCUGUGCAGUUAGCACAGUCUAGUCAGGCAGGACACUUCCCGCUUUUAUGGAUUUUUUUGCAAAAGUGAAGUCCUUCCAAAGCGAAAAUCCAUUACUGGGGAAAUUGUUGUCUCUGAUAAGACUGUUGUAUGUUGGUUGUGAUCUAAGGUGUUAACUUAUGUUUAACGUGCAUAUAUAUCUUUGAGUAGUAUACUAACGAAACAAUCACACAUUUAUUUACUACAGCUGCCAAGAAGUUACAUUGCUAAUUUAAUCAAAAAGCUUUGUACAGAUAUUAAUGUAUUUCAAUAUAUAUUGCUGAAUAUAUGGUAUAUCAAAGUAUUUCUGUUAGUGAUUUUUACUGUGUUAUAGUGUAUAUAUUCUUACUCAUUUACUUGUGCUUGUUUUGCAAUAUCAUACAUUAUUGUUUUAAUUCACAUUUAUAUGUGUAUUCCUUGUUAAUGUUGUUACUGUGAUCAUGAUUAUGUCCUGUUGCCAAACACCAACUGUUUAAAGUGUUUUUCAAUAUGAUAUUUGUAACAAAAUAAAGCAAUGAACAAG